UAUCGGAAUUGUGGCCUUCUGGAACCUUUUGUUCUUGCAGUUGGCGUUGUUGGUUCACUGAUCACGGAUGAUCUUCCAAAUCCCCUCGAGCUUCGACGAGCCUUCUGGACGCGUUAUGGAUCUCUUCGCUUUCGAUGUAACUCGACAGUGCCUUUCCCGAAAGACGGUCUUCCAUCGGUGCUGAAUUUGUUCGAGUUGGACGUCGCAGGCAAUGUUAUGUUCAGAAUUUGUGCGUGUUUGCCAGUUGCAGUCAGGCUUUUCGUUGUGCAUUGCAGAAGUACUGAAUCGGUACUGCAAAGUCACAGCUAUAGCAGCCUCCGCGAACAUGCUGAUUACCUCUGCUGUCAUGGUCGCUCACAAGAGAUCCAGCGCGAAGGUGAAUUAGUUGUAACCUUCCUGAAGACCGGAAACGCACCGGAUCGAGCCGAAAUUCGGGCCCGUGAGGGUUUUCGGCCACGCCCGAUCGAA